AUGAGUGAAUCAAUCCCAAAACAACCAAAAGAAUCCACCAAUCUAUAUGAAGUAUUAGGUGUUGAUAAAUCAGCCAGUGAGUUAGAAAUCAAAACAGCGUAUCGAAAACUUGCACUCAAGUAUCAUCCUGAUCGUAAUGCUGGCUCUAUUGAAGCUGCUGAUAAAUUUAAACAUGCUAGUGCUGCUUAUGCAGUACUAAGUGAUCCUAAUAAACGUCGUCAGUAUGAUGUAGCAGGUGAUAGUGGAAAGGAUAUGGAAUUUGAAAGUGUCGAUGUGGAAUCAAUGGGUGGUUUUGGUCGUGUUGUGGGUGCUCUCUUUACUAAAAUUGGUAUGCCCAUUCCUACUCAAAUCUCUCAAUCAGUACUCUCAGCUGCUAAAGAUUUAUGUGAUGCAAGAAACAAUUCAACACAAUUACCACAUGUUACACGAAUGGUAUUUGGUAUGGAACGUCAUGCAAAAGUAGAUAAACAGGAUGCACAUUUUUACAAAUUACAGGUCGAUAAAGACAGAGAGUCGGUUGCAUUUAUGUGUCGUUCAGCUACUAAGAGUAAAUUUAAAGUGGUAUUAUUUGAUCAACAUGGAGCUGUGCGUAUGGUCCAAGAGUCGGUCAAGAAAGCGCGUUGUACGGCUGCAGACAUGUAUUUGUCAAGUACCGUGGAACUGAUGGAUUUGAAUCCAGAAAUGUGGCCAGGUGCGAAUAGUGACUCGGAUUUGCCGGAGAUCUUUAGCAAAUUGACGUUAUUUGAAGUACGACGCACCGUACCACUAGACAAGGGUGAACAUUUGUUUUGUGUAUACGGAGACAACUGGCUGUCGGCAGUGAAAUACUCCAUCAAGUGUCUAAAGAUUGACGAACGGUCACCAGCACUACGCAGUAUUCAGCAGAGUGAGCACGAACUGGUGGGGAUCAAGCAUGAUCUUGAUGCAUUGCAAAAGGAGUACGUUACUGCCAAGAAGGCUUUUGAAGAAGUGUGUUCACGUGUUGAAGCAAAGCAAAGCCGCACUGAGGAACUACUGCAGCAGCGUGAACAGUCAUACGAGUCGUUUUUGGCUAGUUGUGAUCCCAAUCAUGCUACUGGCGCAUUUGAAGAAGCUCGGGGCUCUAAUGCCUCGCAACACGGACAGAGGGGGUCGCAAAGCGAGGCUGCCAGUCCUGCCGGCAACAUCCGCAACAUCUUUGGCGGGUUCCAGAAUCGCUUCUUUGCGGGUAAGGAGCGCACGAGCUCCACGGACACUACUAGCAACGCAUCCUCUCACAGCCAUUAA